UUAGGAGAGUGCAGAAAAGAAUUUCUCUUCAAUAGUCAUCUCCUUUGGGGGCUGUAAGAUUUUUACAGUAUCCAUAUCUCAGGAUGUUGCAUACAUGGGUGUUUUGUAGCGUAAAACAUUAAAGAGUGACUGCGUGCUGCUGCUGAAUAACAGUCUGAUCAAUUCUGUCACCAAUUUCCUCCCAAAACGUCUGUAUAGGAGCACAGAACCCAAAGAGGCUUGGUUGUUACAGUCAGCUUUUUGUUAUCAUGGGUAACUAUGGAAUGUAAUGCUUUCUGUUCACCAACUGCAUGCCAUUUUAAAUUGGUUUUCCUAAAACACAGAGCACCUCUUCACUGCCUCCACCAGCCCUUCCCCACCCCGCAGCACUGGCAGUAAGGCAGUUUCUAAAAGAAAUGUAACUGUGCCAGCAUAUCUGUGUGCCUGGAGCACCAGGAGAGGCAAACAGUGCAUCCUGCUGGUGUUAGGGGCAGAGUGAAACAUCUUUGGAAAAUGCAGUUCUAAACCAGCUAGGUUAAUUAACUUGCCUGUAAUUACCAGACUCGCUUCAUUUCAUCACGAAAGGCAGAGCCCAUGUCUGAUCCAUGCAUCUGAUCUGGGGUGGCCCUCACGUUUCGCUGUGUGUGCUCUGCCUGCGCUCUGGAGGUCUGUAGCACCGUGGCCGUCCCUCGCCCUGCAGCGGGAUUAGAUGUUUCAUGUUUUCUCUUUAGUGCUGAGUUACCCUUCUCGUAUGCUGCUGCCUGGUUUGAGAACCAGUGUGGGGUUUUCACAUUCAUCGAGUUCUGGACUGCCAUUAUCCUGCACGUGUGGCACCACAGCCCCGUGUCUUUUCUUCAUUUUCUUUUUAGUGUCACAGUUGCAGCUGACAUUUGCUUCAUUUUCAGUUUUGAACAGUUCGAUGUUUCUGCGGUUCUUUUAAAACCUUCUUGCUUCUUGAACCCUCAGACUUUUAAAUUACUUUUUUUAGUUGGUGCAUUUGUUUUUGUUUUUGUAGACUCUAUGCUUUUUUCUGUAUCGACUUUUGAAACAAUCUUUCAUUUGGGGCCUUCCUUGCCAAGUCUUUCCUCUUUGUUCUAUUCACAAAUUCCAGGUAAUUUUUUUAUUUGCUUUUGACAGCCCUCACAAAAAUAAAUUUCAGGCGGCCUCUCCACUCGUGUGCAUGGUUCCUCAGUCCUCACAACAUCAUGCGUUAGUUUCCUGAGUUUAUUCAGAUGUAAUCAUUUCAAACAGAGAAACUUAGAACCGAGAUCUGUUUCCAUUCAGUUCUUCUCUUUAAACAAGACAGAUUCCAGAUUACUUGCAUUUUCCAUAAUUAAUUUUUCUCUGUAUUUACUAACCUCUAAACCAACAUAAUUUCCUGUUUGGAGAAUACUAGGUGAAGAUUCUUGGUUAUGGCAGCCUCAGCAGUUUGCGCUCCACCACUCUUGGUAGUCUUUUCUCAGUCUCCCAGAGGCACAGAGGUCAGUGCUCUGCUAGGUAUCUCCAUCCAGACCACAGGGAGAUGGAAGGGUGCUACAGCAAAUGGCCUGCACUGCGUGGCAGAACUGCUCUUUGCUUCCUUCCGUGAUGGUUUAGUUUUGCCCAGGCUGCCCCAUCGUGUUUCUUUUCUGUUGUUUCACUCAUGUCUGAUCAUGUGUUGUUAUCUUGGUCUUUCGUUUCUUCCUUUCUCCAGCUCCAAGGCUGUUUUCCCAUUGUUUCUGGGAUCGCUAGAACAUCUCACUUUUAUGUUCUCCCCUCAUAGGCCUGCCUCCACUGAUACACAAAUACCCGAUUUGAUUCUUACUGCUCAGACCCUUGUUAGAAGGUUGCGCAGGUCUCUGCCAUCAUUGUUAGUCUUCUGCUGUUCAUUUUCCUUCCCACUUGCUGCCAUUCCUUUAUCAUCACUUGCUGGAUUUUCUUCCUCCUCCACACUGAAGCCAGGUGCCCAGGGGUUAUGUCUCUCCCAGCCUUCGCUCCUGGCUUUAUAUGAGGUUGCUUAUCGUUUUGCCAGCCUUGAUUCCAGUGGGCCAGGAUUCCCCGUGCUGAGGGGAGACCAUCCACUGAGGAGGGAUCCCUUUACUAUGAGGGUUUCUGGCACUUAAAAACCUUCAUGCCUUCCGAGUCCUUGAACCGUGCUGAUUUUUGUUAUUUUUUCAUGAUUUACUGUGUGUCUGACAGCUGGAAGGGUCCCCUCUGACUGGCACCUGAAAUGGUGUUCCCAUGCACGUCAUCCUCGUUGCUGGUCUCGUCCAGCGUGUGUCCAUGUGAGGAUCUCCAUGCCAUCUCCUGGUGGGAGUGGGGUCACUGGGUUCUUCCAGACCCAAACCACCCAAUUUUAGCAGAUUAGGCAUUGUCCUGUCCUCUGGAACCACUCUUGUUAAGGGUGUGUUGGCUUAUUAAAAUGGGGUCGGAUAUUGGUGGGAAUCGUGAACGCUUUGUCCUUCUGCUGUUUCUCUGUUUGCCGAUCACCUCACUCGCAGCCUUGAAUAUCCCACGUCUUUGUCCUUGUAGCGACUCCUACCCAAGCUGGGGACCUUGUUCUGUUGUGUGUGCAGCCCUGAACUGUGCUCGUGAUCACGGUGCUUGGCCACUGUCUGUGAUGGAAGAAGAUCUCUUAAACGAUGUUUGCAGGGAAGUAGUCGAGAAGUGGUCUGAAUCUCAGAUUGUUGACGCCAAAGAGAAAAAAGAAGAUGAGAUCCAAGCCAUCGCCAGCAUGAUGGAGAAGCAGGCCAAGAUAGUGGUGAAGCCAAAGGAGGUCUCCCAGGAAGAGAAGCAGAGGAAAGCUGCACUCCUGGCCCAGUAUGCCAACGUGACGGACGAGGAGGAUGGUGAGGAUGAACAGGAUGGCUCGAUUGCGACAGCAGUAAAUAUUGGAUCAGAAAAAUCGUUGUUCCGAAACACAAAUGUGGAGGAUGUCUUGAAUGCCAGGAAGCUGGAACGGGAACUGCUGCGAGAUGAGUUCCAGAAGAAAAAAGAGCAAGAUAAACUCCAGCGAGAGAAGGAUAAGCUGGCCAAGCAGGAGCGGAAGGAGAAGGAGAAGAAAAGGACACAAAAAGGCGAGCGGAAGCGAUAGCUGAGGUUUUCCAGUUGGACUCUAAAGGGAUAAAAUUAACUACAAAUACGGUGUGUUUAAAAAGCAGCAGAAAUUCUGGGCACGUGUCUGGCGUGUGGUUCUUUGGAAGUGGGGUUUUUUGGUUUGUUUGGUUUUUUUUUUUUCAUAGCAAAAAAGAAAUUUCAAGCACCUCUUAAACUUGAAGUGUGCCAUGUGCUUGUGGUGUCAAAUGUCCCAGUCAGUUAUUGUGGCCAAUGUCUGUACCAAAGAACGGUGAAGUGAUUCUGUCAGUGUUUUAAGUCGAUUGAUUUUUACUUCUAACCACUUCAAGCAAAGCAAAACGAGAUGUAGGAGAGGGCUUCCAAGCUGGCUGCGUCCUCCUGCUGGCCUUGAUUUGCAGCAGCAGCGCGUUGUGGCUUGAGAACGGAGCAGAGCCCCUCUCUGACGUGUAAUUAAGGACAUGCUGCUGCAGGGUGAACGUGUAUUUAUUUACGCCAGCCUUGAAAAAUGUAUUUGCAAAUACAUGUAUUUAUGCUGCCAAGAACAAUGCUACGCCUUCGUUCUGGUUGAGCUGAGAGAGCAGGGUUUGGAGCCGACCUCAGCGAGGGUAAGUGCUGUUCUGCAGCAAGAGAAAGGAAAUGUUAUGAAAUAUCUAUGAGUUGCAGCUAUGAGACUGCAUCACCCACGGGCUCUGGGUAAGGGAAACGCCGUGCUGAUUUGAGCAUCAGCCAGAGUAGAAAAUCGGUUGAGCCCUUAACGCUGUUUUAAGACUUUAUGCAGGUGGCUGGAAAAUGGUGCUCCCCAAUGAUUCAUGUGGGUGAAGAUCGACUGUUACUUCUAUGUUGGUUGCCAAGGCGAAUGCUUUAAGGCAGGCUCUGCGCUGAGUGGCUGUGAGUCGGAUGCGCUGGGUUUACAAGCCGGCUGCUCUCACUGGGCACAGCUGCAGUCAGGAGCUGCCUGUAGGGGCUGCAGGCUCCUCUUGCCCCCAAAGGGCUUGUUACCUGCUGUUUCCAGCCGGUUUUGUGAUGGCAUCACGUGCCUCUGGAGAGAACACUAAUUUCUGUAUGCUGAGUGUGAAGGAGGACCUGCAGUGCUUUGGGGGGCAUGGGAGGAACCAGUGUGCCUUGUCUCCUGCACCCUUUGUGCUCUGGCCACUGUGUGCUCCUGGCGGCUCCCGAGGGUGCCUGGCUGCAGCGCCCGCUUUCAGCACUGCUCUGAUGAAAGGGUCACGCGUCCUGUUUAACCAGUCGCUGCAAGCGUCAGCAUCUAACUGCUUUAUCUUUGGACUUGAACAAUAAAACUGGUUGGCCAAGAAGUAGGUUCCUCUCUUGUCUGAGUGAAUGUUGCGGUGAGCAAUUGUGGUGCCCGGUGGUGUGGUGGGGAGGCUCC